AUGAAUCGUAUUUGUUUAGUAGCUUUAAUAGGACUACCAGCUGCUGGUAAGACUACAUUUUGUCAUCAUCUAAGGGAAUUGGAAUCAUUGCCAUUUAAUGUUCUACAUUUAUGCUAUGAUAAUUAUGUUAAUUUUAAUGUGGAAAAUCCCACUCAAUACAAAGAACAACGUGAACAACUUUUACAGAACUUAUCAACAAUUAUAAACAAUUUUAAAAACUCCAAUAACUUAGCCACGAAAUUGCUUACUCUAAGAGAUUUUUAUAGGAAUCAUCAACAAAAAGAUGUGGUUAUAUUAUGUGAUGAUAAUCAUUAUUAUCGCAGCAUGCGUUAUAAAUUAUAUCAAUUAGCCCGUAAACAUAAUAUAGGUUUUUGUCAAAUAUAUUUGGAAACUAGUCUAGAGUUAGCUUUGGAGCGUAAUAGUUUUCGUAAUGUUAUAGGUAAAGUUCCUAAUGAUGUUAUAGUUGAAAUGUCUAAACGUUUAGAAGCUCCUAAUGCCUCUACAUACAAAUGGGAAGAUAAUACAUUAAUUCUUAGAAAUUUUGAUAGAAAAAUUAUAAGUGAGGAUAUUGUAGCUUAUUUUACACAGUUUCUUGAUGUACCUGUACAGCCUUUACAAUUAUCAGUUUCCAAAAUUCGGACAUCACAAUCGUUGGUCCAUGAAUUGGAUUUGCUUAUGAGAAAACGCAUAAGUGCAUUAAUUCGUUCCGAAGUGGAGAAAAAUAAGAAAAUGUUCGCUAAAAAUCUAAAUGAUCAAAGAAAAGAAAUUCUUAAACAAUUUCAGUUAGAUAUAAAUGAUAAUUUUGAAGAAGUAGAUUUCAAUAAAUAUAUCGAAAGGUUAAAGUGAUUUAUUAAUAAAUAUCUGUUACAGACUGGUUUUCAACUAGUAUAUUAAAAUGUUAUGUAAAUAAUUAUGUUGUAUUUUGAAAACUUAGUCUACUUAUCGCAAGAAAUUAAAACCAACUAAAUAAUGAAUGUUUAAUUAAUUUUUAUUUGAAUUACAUAUAAACUACAUAUAAUAAACGUUUAUACCUAAAAUUCUCUUUUAUAGAUUCUUAUAUUUUUAAAUAUACUAUUUCAAUACAUA